UCUACUUCUAUAUGUAUCAUUCUUAUUCUGCCAUGUAUAUUUCUCAUAAAUGCUGUAUUUUACAUAUAUAUAUAAAACGUAGAGACAUACCCGACCCUCGGGCCUCGUUAUCUAAUUCUAGACCUUCGGUAAAGAAGAAGUGGUUAUUAGACGUCUUUAUCUUACUUACCGGGUAUCUAGUUGGCAACCAAGGCAGGGCGUAUGGAUCAAAACUGCUUCUUAACACUCCAGAAAUCUAUGACUAAAAUAUGAGUUAGGGCCUAGGUACUCUCCCGCUCAUCAAGAUGGAGGAUGCAGGCCUAAAUAACAGCAUCGACGAGCAUUCACAAGCUGUCGAUGGCUUAAAUCAUGACGAGGUUGGGGAGAGAGGUAUCAAGCAUGACAAGAUUCAUCUCGAUCCUAGCCGUUAUUGGUUUAUGUCGGCUGCGUUUCCCAUGAUAGCUGCUACCCUAGGUCCCGUAGCUUCAGCCUUCAGUAUAUGCUCGCUUGUCAAGUAUUGGCGGCAGCAUAUCCCUCCUGGGUCCGACGUUACUAAAGCAGAGUAUGUUAAGGACCCUCCAUGGCUAACAGCAGUGAAUGCCGUCCAACUAGCUCUAGCUAUAGUUGCGAACAUGUUUCUCCUACUAAACAUGACGAGGAGGGUGCGGUUUUCGAUUGCGCAACCCAUAACGAUAGUCGGUUGGUACAUAUCAGCAAUAUGUCUCAUAGCCCUGUGUGCUACAGCAUCUGGACCGUUAGAACUCCAACCGGAGAUUGAAUAUGUUUGGUCUCAAGCCUUUUAUUACGGCUUGUUUGCAGCUGUCCUCUACUUCUUAGUUGCCUCUCUUAUGGCCGUCACGGCCUGGGGCGCUCUAACCGGGCACUACGGCAAGGACUUUGAGUUGACAACUAGCCAGAGGACUUUGAUGCUUCAGACCAUCCUCUUCCUCGUCUACCUACUCUUAGGUGCUUUUGUCUUCUCCAAGAUUGAGGGCUGGAACUACCUUGAUGCUAUAUAUUGGGCGGACGUCACUCUCUUCACAGUUGGCUUCGGGGAAAUAUCCCCACAGACUACCCUUGGGCGUGGUCUUCUCGUUCCAUACGCGCUGAUUGGUGUUAUCAGCCUUGGUUUGGUAAUCGGGUCUAUCCGGAGCAUGAUUCUUGAGCGCGGCAAGCAUAGGCUCAGCGCACGCAUGCUAGAGAAGCAACGACGGCAAUUAAUACGGCGCGUCAAGCGGAAAGGACAUGGUGAUAUCCUUGAACCGAUCGAUGACGAAGCUUCAGACCAAUCUCCUUCAAAUGCUCCCUUGACAGAAUUUGAACGCCGCCGGAAAGAAUUCAAACUCAUGCGUAAGGUUCAACGACGAGCAUUAAGAAAAGAAAGAUGGACUGCUAUGACAAUAUCUCUUAUUGUUUGGCUACUGCUCUGGGUCGUAGGUGCCAAGAUUUUCCAAGAAUGCGAGUACCCCUAUCAAGGAUGGUCCUUUUUCGACGGUUUUUAUUUCUCAUUCACAGCAUUGACCACAAUCGGGUAUGGUGACCUCACCCCAGUGUCGAAUUCAGCCAAGCCCUUCUUUGUAUUCUGGUCCCUGCUUGCCGUGCCCACUAUGACGGAUCUUAUAUCAAACGCGGGGGACACGAUCGUGAAGGGCAUUGAAGAUGGUACCCUUCUACUCGGAAAUCUCACAAUAUUGCCCGGAGAUUAUGGUUUUAAGAACGAAAUAAAGCAGUUGCUGUCAAAACUGUCCUGCGGCAUGUUGUUUAUGGACUACGAUGUCGAAGAAACACCCCCGGGCUUUUUAGGAGCAGCGCACGAGCAGCCCAAAGAUGACGAGGAUGACGACGAAGAAGAUGAAGGGAGGGCUUCUAAUUCAACUGAUAUCAAUAAUGCAGAAAGCAACCAGAGGGCCCAGGAGGAUGUUGAAAAGGGAGAAUCACCAUCUUCACGCAAGUCUCUGCCCACCCAAAGACUAGACACGAACUCAAACUCACCAAGACGCUCCGUCUCCGUAGCCCGAGAAAGCCUACCCACCGAACUCCCCAAAUCCCGCGCCGAGUACCACCUCGUCCUAAUCGACGAGAUAAUCCGCGUGACUAAGCACCUGCGGCACUCGCCGGAGCGCAAGUACACAUUUAAGGAGUGGGCGUGGUACCUCCGACUCAUCGGCGAGGACGAAAGCAGCGCCGAGAAACACCGCCGACCCGAGCACCAGCCGCCGGAGUUACGCGGCCCCAGAUCCUCUACAGACGACGAAGACAGCAAUAGUACCAACGAAAAUGACGGCGAAGAAGAAGCGAGUCCCGCGGAAAAACCGUGGAGCUGGGUCGGACACCGAAGCCCGCUCCUAGAUCCCCGGGAGGAAGCGGAGUGGAUUUUAGACAGGCUAGAGCAGAAGCUUAGAGAAGAGUUGGAGGACGUCGUUAGGAAGGAAAGCGGGAAGAAGAAAGGCCGGGAUAAGCUGAGAAGAGUCAAAGAGGAAGAGCGGCAGAACGAGGAGAAGGAGAAGAAGAAGACGUCGGGUUACCACUAACCCACGCAUCUGGUCGAAUUCGAGUGACUAGGUACCUAGGCAUAUAAUCAAAGAAAAGAGUAUACCUACGCAUUAUACAUACCGAUGAAUAAGUACGAAUAAAUGAA